ACAUGACACAUCCCUUCCUCUCAACACAAUCCCAUCCGGAAAAACAACAAAGAAGAAAAAAUCAUACUAGUAUCUUUUUAUCUUCUUCCAAUUUGCUAAAAACCCAAUUCUACGCAAAGCUAAUAACCCCACAUCUGUUCCUUUCAAGUCAAGCCUCCCCCCCCCCCCCCCUCCCCCUCCUUCAAUUUGCUAAAAACCCAAUAGAUUUUGUUGAUGGAUAUGGUGUCGUAUGGUUACAGAGAUGCAAGGGCACAAACUGUAUCAAGAACUAAAAUGGCCAACUUGCCUGAAAAGCCGAGAAUUCCCAUUUUACCCUCCGAGGAUGAACUUCCUUACCCAUUUGGGGAAUUGGGGGUGGACUUAAGGGAAUCGGAGCUCCGAGAAACCGCAUAUGAGAUCCUUGUUGGUGCUUGUCGGAGCUCCAGUUCAGGCAAGCCGUUGAAAUAUGUGUCGAGUUCGGUGAGAUCAUCAUCGUCUUCGUCAUCGAUGACGUCAUUGUCACCGUCAUUUCAGAGGUCAACGGCGGCAAGCAAGGUGAAGAAAGCACUUGGUUUGAAGUCGAGGAAGAAGAAUUUGGACAACUCAGUGAGUGGUGAGCUUAUGAGGGUGCAAAUGGGCAUUUCCGAACAGACUGAUUCUAGAAUUCGACGAGCCUUCUUGAGACUCAAUGCUGGACAGCUUGGAAGACGGCUGGAGUCAAUGGUUCUACCAGUGGAGCUCCUACAGCAGUUCAAAUCCACAGAUUUUCCAAAUGCUCAGGAAUAUGAAGUAUGGCAGAGGAGAAACUUAAAGCUACUUGAGGCUGGACUUGUCUUGCAUCCAUGCUUGCCGCUGGAUGAGACAGACACGUGUGCUAAACAGCUUCAACAGAUUAUACAUGGGGCUCUGGUGAAACCCAUGGAGACUGGAAAGCACAGUGAAUCGAUGCAAGUACUACGAAAUCUUGCUACAUCCCUCGCCUGUAGAUCAUUUGAUGGGUCGAGCCCCGAGAUAUGCCAUUGGGCAGAUGGCACACCAUUGAAUCUCCGACUCUACCAAAUAUUGCUUGAAGCUUGUUUUGAUGUGAACGAUAAGACCUCUGUUAUUGAAGAAGUUGAUGAGGUCUUAGACAUCAUAAAAAAAACUUCGGUUAUCCUUGGUAUAGACCAGAUGUUCCAGAAUAUUUGCUUUUCAUGGGUUUUAUUUCAUCGAUAUGUUGCAACCAGCCAAGUUGAAAACGACCUGCUCUUUGCCGCAGAUAAUCUGUUGUCGGAGGUAGCAAAGGACACCAAGGCAGUGAAUUGCUCUCAGACCUUGAGUUCUCUACUUGUUUUGAUCCUAGGUUGGGCGGAGAAAAGACUGCUUAUGUAUCAUGAUAGCUUUUACAGGGACAACGUUGAUAUCAUGCAAAGUCUUCUCUCUAUGGGUUUAUCAGCUAUGCAAAUUUCGGGCAACUAUCAGAAGAGGAAUAAAGAGGUUGAUGUUGCAUUUAGCAGAGUUGAUAGUUACAUCAGGGCUUCGAUGCUCCGCGUCUUUUCUCAGGAAAAAGAGAGGUUGAUAUCGAGCAGAAAGUCGUCUAAACAACAGCAGAAUCCUCUUCCCAUCCUUUGUAUCCUUGCCCAAAAUGUUAGUGAUAUGGCUUAUAAUGAGAAGGAAAUAUAUAGUGGUGUUCUGAAGAGAUGGCACCCUCUUGCAACUGGUGUAGCUGUUGCUGUGCUUCAUCGUUGCUAUGGAAAUGAGCUGAAGAAAUUUGUCUUGGGGAUCAGUGAGUUGACUCCAGAUGCUGUACAGGUGCUGAUAGCAGCAGACAAGUUGGAGAAAGAUCUUGUACAGAUGGCUGUUGCGGAUGCUGUUGACAGUGAAGAUGGAGGAAAGUCAUUAAUGACAGAGAUGACUCCUUAUGAAGCUGAAGCUGUGAUUGCAAACCUGGUGAAAUCAUGGAUAAUGACUAGAGUGGACAGACUUAAGGAAUGGGUCAACCGGAAUCUUCAACAAGAGGUCUGGAACCCUCAUGCUAAUAAAGAACGAUUUGCUCCCUCUGGAGUGGAGGUCCUACGCAGCAUAGAUGAGACUUUCGAAGCAUUCUUUUUGUUACCGAUACCUAUGCAUCCAACUUUGCUUCCAGAAUUAAUGCAUGGCCUUGACGCAUGCCUACAGAGCUACAUAUUGAAGGCUAUAUCUGGCUGUGGAUCUCGAAGCACCUUUGUUCCAACUAUGCCUGCUUUGACUAGAUGCUCAACUGGGUCAAAGUUCAGUGUCUUCAGGAAGAAAGAGAGACCUCCUAUGGUUUUGGAUAGGAAAUCUCAGAACGGAGAUGAUUCUUUCAGUAUGCCUCAGUUGUGUGUCCGUAUUAAUACUUUGCAUAGCAUACGGAAAGAAUUGGAUGUGCUUGAGAAAAGGACAAUUUCCCAACUGAGGGUUAAUAUGCGUGUUGAUGAUGAUAAUAUUGUUGAUGGGUUGGGCAAAGGUUUUGAGCUGUCAGUAGCUUCUUGUCGGGAAGGGAUCCAGCAGCUUUCUGAGGCAAUUUCAUAUAAAGUCAUCUUCCAUGAGUUGAGUCACGUCUUCUGGGAUUACUUGUAUGUAGCUGAUGUUUCAUCAUCCCGCAUUGAACCUUUCCUUCAGGAGCUGGAGAAAAACCUUGAGAUCAUAUCAGCGACAGUUCAUGACAGGGUCCGGACACGUGUAAUCACUAAUGUAAUGAAAGCCUCUUUUGAUGGAUUCUUGUUCAUUUUGCUUGCUGGUGGACCUUCUCGUGCUUUUUCACUGGAUGAUGCUGCAAUUAUAGAUGAAGAUUUGAAGUUCCUAAUGGAUCUAUUCUGGUCUGAUGGGGAUGGGUUGCCGACUGACCUUAUAGACAAGUUUUCAACUACUUUGAAAGGCACUCUUCCUCUUUUCCAUACUGAAACUGCUGUCCUGAUUGAGCAACUUGAGCGUGCCACUGAAGAUUAUUUUGGCCCUUCAGCUAAAUCCAGACUUCCCUUGCCUCCUACAUCAGGUAACUGGAGUCCAACUGAGCCCAGCACUAUUUUGCGUGUUCUGUGUUAUCGAAAUGAUAAAGUGGCAACUAAGUUUCUAAGGAAGAACUACAACUUGCCAAAGAAACUAUAACCAUUCACAUGGUUGGGAAAUGAAUAAGCUGAUGUUAGCUAACUGUAACGGGUGGAUCUUAGAUUAGGUUGUUCAUAGUAGGCAGUUGUGUGAUUAUUUUGUCCAUAGUACUUACGAUUAUUGAGGCAUAUCACUUGAUUGUGAGUAAGUUAAAAGAGAGAAGGUCUGUUUGUAAAGCGAGAUUUUGAGGAUUACUGUCAAGGGAGUGAAAUUAUAACAUGACGUGAAGGCGUGCUACAAAGUUUAUUUUAUAGACGACCACAUUACCAGCUGAAUGGAUGGCAUUCUCAUUCCAAACCUUCCUUAUCAUUUCAUCUAUUUAGCUCUCCAAAUGUUCUUGCUUCCUGACAGGUAAAAUCCUAUUUUUUUUGGACAUGUAGCUGUAUUUUCCUUUUUAUUGUAUUUUAUUUUGUCUUUUGAUAGGAAAGAUUAUUUGAGCUUGCUUAUGAAUGUUGAGAGAAACAGUUUGUUUUGUUCCC